AUGGCUACAGAAACUUUUGGUGUAUUAAAUGAUUUAGCUCCAGUUUUUAGACCUUACGUCCAAUGUGUUUAUCAGGAUUUGAAGCUUGGUUUAUGUAAGACUAAAGUGGAUUUUGAAAGGGUACUAGGAAAUUUUGAUGGAGGAGAAAGCCAAUUCCGUGUUGUGUUACCUUAUUGUUCUAAGAAGCUGAAGUGGGAAGUAUUGUUUGACAGUACAUCUCCUUGGUUCGCUCCAGAUUUUAGAUUUGACGAUGAUAGUUUUCUAAUGAAUGUUGAUGAAAAUUUAUUUGAAGAAAAAGUUCCCAGCUUAUCAAAAUGGAAUGAAAAUGACCCGAAAGCCCUUAGUAAUGUACUUUCAGAAUUAAUCAGCCUCUAUAAACUACAUCAGGUAAAGAAACUCAAUGAUGAUGAGAGUUCACGAGCAUGUUUUGAAUAUAGUGCUUUACUUGGUGAUGCUUUAACAUCUGAACAGGACAUUGAAGUAUGGGUUGGAAACCAUGUUACGGAGUUUUUGAUCAGAUUAAAUGUGGACACAUCACAUCUUCCAGAACUGUAUAGUGAUGGAGUUGAUGAGAACCCUGGUAUUGACACAGCAUUACUAUUAGUCAGGUACCCAAAUUCUACCAAUGCGGAAUUAAUAUUAUCACCACUGCUUACAAAGUCCUUAGGAAAUAUAACAUUACCACUAAUGCACCAGUCUGGAGUUUUAAUGGAUUAUGUACCUAUGGUUACCGAAAUGCUAAAUAACAAGAUACGAGAUUUAUUAAGCAACGAAAAAUUAAAGCGCGAUCUGUUAGCACAGUUAAUUGUUAAAUAUGAAUCUGCUAUUUUAGAACAUGAUGCUAAUAGUGCGGCUUUCUUAUUUGAAUUAAAUAACUUCCAUUGGAUUCUACAAAUAGACAUAGGUGUCAGGUUUCCAGAGAAACCACCAGUUUUAACACUAAGGUCAAUUUAUCACUGUAAUAAAGGCAAACCUAUAUUCAAAGUGCUGCCUAGCUGUCCAUACAACAAUUUUGAAAGAUAUAUUGAACAUCAAGUCGAGAUUUUCAAAAACGAGUGUAUAGGUGUUGUACCAAACACUCCACUGGUAAACCUGGACAAUUAA